AUGAGUGAAGAGAAUAAGAUGUCAAGUUUCUGGGUAUUACCAGAGGCAUGCAUAUCAUAUAUAUUCUCAUUUACAUCCCCAAAAGAAGCAUGUAUUGCAUCCACUGUUUCUAUGGGAUUCAAAUCUGCUGCUGAAUCUGAUUUUCUGUGGGAGCAGUUUCUUCCGUCGGAUUAUCAAGAUAUUAUUGCAAGAUCGGUUUCCCCGCUGGUUUAUUCUUCCAAAAAGGAACUUUAUUUUCAUCUUUGUGAUUCUCCUAUCCUCCUUGAUGGUGGCAAACUGAGUUUUAGACUGAGCAAGACGAGUGGAAAGAAGUGUUUUAUGUUGUGUGCAAAGGAACUCCGCAUUUUGGUAGAAGCUCCACAGCACUGGACUUGGAAGACUCUUGCAGAAUCAAGAUUUGCUGAGGUAGCAGAACUAUUGGAUGUUUGCUGGCUUGAUAUUCAUGGCAAAAUGCAAACUCGAAUGUUGUCUCCGAAGACUAACUACGGCGCAUAUCUCGUGUUCAAACUCCUAGAAAAUUCUUACGGGUUCAACUCGCCCUUAAAGGCAUCUGUCAAACUUGUUCAACAUGGCAUAGGUGAGAACAACACUGUGUGCCUAAAACAACCAAUUCGUAGACAUGGAAGGUUGAGACGACCGGUCUUGCAAUUUGAUGGUUGGCUCCCGAAAGAAAGAAGGGAUGGGUGGAUGGAGAUUGAAUUGGGAGAAUAUUUCAACGACGGAGGAGAUGAAGGUGAUAUUCAGAUGCAACUCUUUGAUAUCGAGAAGCUUCACUGGAAGCAUGGCCUUAUUGUUGAAGGGAUUGAGCUUCGGCCCAAGGAAGAAUAG